AUGAAAGUUUUUGUUGCCCUCUCUGCUUUGUUAGCAGUUGCUUCUGCCACUCCCUUGUACUUGGCUACAAGUAAUCUUCUUGUACCAUCUGCUUCGAGUCAAUAUCACUCUCAGGAUGGAAUUGGUCAAUACGCUUAUGGAUACAAUGAUCAUUUGUCAAAUAAGCAGGAAGUCAAGUCUCUGGAUGGAACUACCAGAGGAGCAUACAGCUACAUUGACUCAAAUAACAUUCUACAAACUGUUAACUAUAUUUCUGAUGCUGGUGGUUUCCGAGUUUCUGCAACCAAUUUACCAAAGCCUGUCGAAGCUCCAGUUAAUGCUGCUCAGGAUUUGCCUCAACAAGUUCCUGACACUUUAGAAGUUGCUGCUGCAAAAUCUGCUCAUUUGGCUGCUGUUCAAGAAGCUAAACUGCGAUUGGGUGGGCAGGAAUUAAUUCCACUAACAGUUGGCAGUCUACCACAACAAGUUCAAGACACUCCCGAGGUUGCUCAGGCCAAGGCAGAACACUUUUCCGCUAUUGAAGCAGCAAAAAAUCAAAUUGGUUAUCAAGUAGUUGCAGUUCCUGCUCCAAUUGAACUACCACAACAAGUUCAGGAUACUCCAGAAGUAGCAAAGGCUAAAGCAGAACAUUUGCUAGCCAUUGAGCAGGCAAAGCUAGGAAACUCAUACCCAACUUUUGGUAAUGGAAUUUCUUUGGCCCAAAAUGCUCCACUUAUUGUAUCAUCACCAAUUCAAUUGUCAGGACCUUUUCAUGGAUUUUCAUACUCAACAAGUGUUGUGAAUGCGCCUUCUCCUGUUGUAUACUACGCUUAUGCAGAUAAAAUUCUUAAAAGCAGCUUAAUCCUUUGA